AUGAUUAUUUCAAUGACUGAAGAAGUCCUUUGGGACGGCAAUUUUUGUCCAACUUGUUUAAUAGCUCGUCCAAUACGUUCUAAACAUUGCGCAGUUUGUGAUAAAUGUGUUCUUCGAUUUGAUCAUCACUGUCCUUGGGUAGCUAAUUGUAUUGGAGAGAAAAAUCAUAGACUUUUCUUUGUUUAUUUGUUUGUAUUGGAUCUUGCUUGUAUUUUAAUGUUUGUUGGCUCUACUUUUUAUUGGAAAUUUGUUUGUGGAGAUAUUUCUAAUCCAAAUGUGAUUCUCUUUUGUUUACCAUUUGUUACAGUUUUGGGGUUUAUGUCUUCAACUUAUUUCUUUUUUAUAACAACACUAUUGGGAAUACAAACAUAUCAGAUACUGACAGCUGUAACAACAAAUGAACGGAUUAAUUCAUAUAGAUACUCUUAUUUUCGACUUUCUGAUGGGCUAAGAAGUCCUUUUAGGUAUUUCUACAAAUUUACUUUGAAUUAUUGA